AUGUAUUACACAUAUGAAGAGUACCCGCAGCGCGAUGAUGCUAUAAAAUCGGCUGUUCAGACAUCUAUGGCUUUUCCAGUGAUUGAUCCUUCUUCCAGUCGUUGUGUUGGUGUACUUGAACUACUGUUUACUAGAGUGUUCUUCAACGCUCUGUAUAUAGUUAACAAAGUCAAUGCAGAGCUUCAGGAUGCAGGUCUGGAAAAGUCAGAUACAUGUGGCCAUAUUGUCACACCGGUGGAUUACAAAGCUCAUAAUCAGGUGCUGGUAGAAUUAUCAAAGGGGAUAAAAGUGGUUUGUGAAACUCAUAAAUUACUUUUGAGUCUGGCCUGGGUUCCAUGCAGUUGUGGUAGAGAUGCGGAAUUGGAUGGCAGUUGCAAUAAGCGUUAUGUCAGCUGUAAGGGACAAGUCGUGAACACAAUUGUUUGUAUGGAAACGUUCUAUGCUUCUGAUGUGUGUAACCAGGGUUUUGUCAAUUCUUGUUCUGACUAUUACAUACGAACGGGGCACGGUGUUGUUGGGAGCGCAUUACGGUCCUAUAGUCCAUGUUUCUGCGAGGAUGUGACUCGAUUUAGCAAAACUGAGUACCCAUUAGUGCACUUUGCACGUGCGUACAGGCUAACUAGCAGUUUUGCAAUUUGCUUGAGAAGUACUCAUACUGGAGAUGUAAAUUAUGUAAUAGAAUUUUUUCUGCCUGGAAAUAUAGAAAGUGAUCCGGUUCCAAGGACCUUGUUGUAUUCCAUAUUGGCCAGAAUGAAACAACAUUUCCGAAAUUUUACGGUUGCUUCUGGAGAAACACUGGGACAGGAAUUAUCGAUUGAAGUUUUGAAGGAUAGGAGACUAUGGCAUUCAUCUCAAAUAUGCCGAAUUACUAUAUCUACACUUACGCUAGUUUGGCCAAAUGUGGGAAAGACGGUGCAGCCAGAUGCAACGAAUCAACAAUUAAUGGUGGAAGCUGAUGCCAUGAACAGUGAAAGGAAUGUUGUUGGUCCUGAACAAAACAAUGGUGAUGAUGUUAUUUAUUCUGAGAACAAGGGUUUUGUAAGGACAUUAAUGGAACAAAAGAGAGGAACUGGAAACCAAUUUACCCGUGAUUACCUUUUACAAUUUUUGAAAAUGCCACUCAAAGAUGCUGCAAAAAUGUGUGACGUCAGCAUAUCUACGUUUAAGCGCAAGUGUAGGGAGUGUGGAAUCCCAAAGUGGCCAAGGAAGGUGAAAAGAAAAGGUCCCCUCACUCAGCGCAACCAGGAAAAUGAAUCUGUCCAAAGAGCUAAGGAUAGGGCAACCCGUCCAACGGUUGCAUCUGUCGAACCUAGUGCUCUUGCUAUUUCUGCACAGCCUGAAGAACCACAGGGGGAGAUGGUGAUUGAGAAUAAGGGGACCUCACAUGAUUUCAGAAAUCUAUGUUCGAAUCCAAUAACACCGGAGGCUUGUCAUCAGGACCUGAAUUUAGGUCUCCACGUGGCAGGAACGAGUAUGACUAAUGAACCAUUGGAUUAUUUUGAUUGUGAUAAUGUUUCUACAGUACAGCCAGAAACACCAAUGGAAAAUGAAUCUAUCCAAGGAGCUGAGGGGAGGACAGCCUGUCUAACAGUUUCAUUUGUUGAACCUAGUGCUCUCGCUAUUUCUGCACAGCCUGAAGAACCACAGGGGGAGAUGGUGAUUGAGAAUGAGAGGACCUCACAUGAUUUCAGAAAUCCAUGUCCCAAUCCAACAACGGCGGAGGCUUGUCAUCAAAGCUUGAAUUUAGAUCUCCACCUGGUAGGAGCGAGUAUGGCUAAUGAACCAUCGGAUUCUUGGUUUGAUUACGAUCAUUUUUCUAUAGUAUAGCCAGAAACACCAAUGGGAGGAAUGCUAGGAGAGAGUAUGGUAAGGUCAAGAGAUGUAGAAUGUCAUCUUUCAGUAGGUGAUUAUUGUUUGGCGGAAAGAGAUUUGCUUGUCGAACCAAUGAGUACGGCUUCAGCUUCAAGAGAAACAGAAUGUUGUCCUUCAACAAGAGAUGAUGGUUUGGAGGAAUUAGGUCUCCAAUGGGCACCAAUGAGUAUGGCUCCAGCUUCAGGAGAUAUAGAAUGUCAUCCUUCAGUAGGAGAUUUGGAGAGAUUAGAGCUCCAGUUAGCGUCGAGUUCUGGUUUGGAGAAUUUACAGCUCUACUUGGCAUCAUCGAGUUCAGCAAGUGAUGAUUGUUUGGAGAAAUUAGAGCUUCAGUUGGCACCAAAGAGUAGGGUUCUAGCUUCAAUAGAUAUAGAAUGUCAUCCUCCAGCAGGAAAUGAUUGUUUGAAGGAAUUAAUGCUCCAGUUGGCACCAAUAAGUAUGGCUCCAGUCUCAGUAAGCGAUGCUAUAAUUUCUACCAUGCCUGAAGACUCAAAUAUAAUACGACCAUUUACUGAGAGCCCAGGACCCUCGCAUAUUUUUAAAAAUCUUAGCCCGGCAAUGCAAGAUCGUGGACAUGACUCAGAACAGGAAUUUCAACAAGCAAUUGAUAGUCAGGUGGAAACCUCAUCCUUUGAUGAUGCUCACUCUCGUAUAUCUGAGAAUUUCAAUAGGCAAUUUCUAGUCUGUUCGAAAACUCACUAUGAUGCUCAUUUUUCUAUAUCCUAAAACGUCAUUGAGAGAAAUGCCAAUUAAAAAUGUGGAAUGUUUCAUUAAGUUCGAUAAAGAAGAAGAAGAAGAAGAGGAAUAUUUGCAAUCUUGAUGAUGUAACUUGAAAAGACCUCCAAAUAUU